UGCACCAUUCCCACCAUGCCCUGUCCUAGACCCUUCAUCCUCCUCCUCCUCCUGGUGCCCAUGACAGCCCCUCACUGCCACCAGGCCACAGAAGACGAGUGUGAGGAGCACACGGCCUUCGUGCCCGGCCACGGUCUGGUGGGGGAAGGCUUUGACAUCACCACGCUGGCCCGGAAGGGUGCUUACGUGGUGGACGUUGGGCGGUGGGAGAGGCCGGACGGGACCUGCACCCUGUGCUCCAACACACUUCAAGACGGGGAUCUCCAGCGCCUCCCCCUGGCCAUGGCCGACUGGCGGAUCCAGGUCUCAUGCAAGAGUCUGGUGGCCAGCUCCCUGCACCGGUCGGCUGUGGAGGUGGCCAACGAAGCCUGCACAGCUGUGGAGAAUGACUGGAGGGUGGGGCUCGAGGUGGACGUCCCUUCCAAGGGCAGUGCACACGUGGCGGUGGCUGGGUCCCGCUCCAAGAUGGCCGAAUUCAGCGCAGCCAAGGCCCAGGAGGACAAGUACUCCUUCGCCAGCCACGAGGUCUCCUGCCAGUACUACCGGUUCCGCAUCGCCCACCAGCCUCCGCUCUCCCCUCACUUCACCCGGGCCAUUAGGGACCUGCCCAGGGACUACACCCCGGCCUCUCAUGUUGAGUACCACAAUUUCAUUGCCAUCUACGGCACCCACUACCUCACCAAUGUGCAUGCGGGGGGCCGCAUCCGGGACAUCACAGCCAUCCGGACCUGCCAGACAGCGCUGGAUGGGCUGACAGCUGACGAAGUCAAGGACUGCUUGGAGGUAGAAGCGGCUGUGAGCACUGGGAGCGAGACUGCCAAGGUUGAGGCAGCCUCCAAGAUGUGCCGGGAGCAGCGCCAGAAGGAGAACCUCAAGACGAGCUUCCACGAGGCCUACAGGGAGCGCCACACGGAGAUCAUCGGAGGCCACGACCACAUAGACUUGCUCUUCUCCAACAGGCAGGAUGCCAGUGCCUACACCAGCUGGUUGGAAGGUGUCAAAGCCAACCCUGGCCUGCUCUCCUACACCCUGGCACCCCUCCACAUCUUGGUCAAGAAGGAGGACCCAAGGAGGAAGGCUCUCCAGCGAGCGGUGAGCAAGUACAUCCAUGGCCGGGCCUUGUGGAGGAACUGCACCCAGCCGUGCCCGCCGGGCACCCAACGUAGUGCCCGGGACCCCUGCUCCUGCGUCUGCCCUGGGGAUGAUGUGGCCAACACCAUGUGUUGCUCCAAGAAGCGGGGUCUGGGCAAGCUGGAGGUCACCAUCAAACGUGGCCAAGGCCUGUGGGGCGACUACUUCAGUCGGACGGACGCCUAUGUCAAGGUCUUCUACCUGGAGAAGUUGCUCCAAACCAGCACUGUGAACAACAAUGACAAUCCCACCUGGAACAUCCGUCUGGAUUUCGGGGCCGUGACGGUCACCGUGGCCUCCAAGCUGCGGGUGCAGGUGUGGGAUGAAGACAAUGGGUGGGACAAUGACCUCCUGGGGACCUGUGAUGAACUCGUAGUAGCUGGUGCCUCCCAGCAAAAGACCUGCUACCUGCAGCAUGGCAAGCUGGAGUACCAGUACCAGCUUCAAUGUGGGCCCAGUCUGGGGGGGGACAAGUGCCAGGACUAUGUCCCACAGCCUCCUGGUGUUGCAGUCAACUGGACCGGGAUUGGGAAAACCCUGGGAGGGAAGCAGGGAGAUGAAUCAAAGAGAGGUGGAGCUGGGAGGGACCUCCAGGGCCCACAUCUAGUCCAACCGCUGCUCUGAGGCAGGAACAACCCAACCCAAUCCAUCCGUUGGCCAGCCUCUUGACCCAACUCAUCCACUGGCCAUCCUCUUGGCCAAACUAGUCAACUCUAAUUCAAGCCACCCAUUGGCCAACCACUUAGCAGAACUAGUCAAGCUCAUCACAACCCAGCCCAGACCAAUUCAUUGGUCAACCUCUUGGCCACGCUAGGCAACUCCAAGAUAAUGAGAAGGCCCCACACCCAAACUGGCCACCUAUCACACUGGAGGAGACCAUGGCAGUGGAUGCUCUGUGGCUGUAGAUAAAUCCAACCCCAACUCAACCCAAGACCCCAACCUACCCACGAGCACAACUCAACCCAACCUCAAUCCAAAAAUUACCUCAAGUCAACUAAGCCCCAAGCUACCCAAAGACCCCAACUCAACCAGUCUUAAACUACCCAGGAACCCAAGAUCCCAACUCAAACUAGUUUCAACCUACCCAAUCAACUGAACCCAACCCAUGACCCGAACUCAACCCAACCUCAACCUACCAAUGACAUCACUCAAUUCAACCCCAACCAACCUAUGACCCCAGCUGGAUCCCAGAAAGAGGUUAUGCCCUCUGCUAUGGAAGCAAGCAACCCCCCCUAACCUUCCCCCAGUUGGUACCAGUCUAACCAUUGCUCCCCAACCCCAGAUAGGAUGGCCUGACUUGCACAGGAUGUAGGAUGUGGGUAAGGUGGGAGGGGGGGAAUGAUGGGAUCCACCACCCCAUAGGACCCCCACAAAGUUUUCUGCACCCAAUGAGAAGCUGGAAACAUUGUGACUACACGGGAAAGGGUGGCAUUGUGUUAUGCAUCCUGCCAUCAACCAAUAAACAUGGUG